GGCAAAAAUAAAUGGCGGCGUCCAUAAGAGUUACUGCCGUGCGGCAUCUCCGCAGGUUUCGAUUACGGUCAUCAAGCCUUAGCAACUCAGUUCGCACGUUGGCUCUUGGUUAUCCCGACCAUCGCGGAACAAGCCAUGAGUGUUCUCUCUGCGGAUCCCGUUUGUUCAGCACCUCCUACUGGCGGUGGGCGAGGAAGAUGGAGAAACCGUUUGUUCCGUCGAGGACAAAGCCCAAGAACCCUGUUGUCAAGGUCUGGAGAAAUAUCACUCUUGCUGAACUUGCCAAAGUAAUAGAACGCCCAAUAGAUGACAUUUACGAGGCAAUUGUCUUUGUUGAGAAUGCUGGCCAGUACGACCAUGACGAUUGUGCAAUUGAUGAUGCUGACAUUCUCUUCCUGAUCCUCAAAAGACUAGGCCUUCGUGGUCAGUUGGUGGCUCCUCCAGAACAGCCAUCACCAAAGAAAGAGUUUCAAGAUGCAGUUAGAAGGCCACCUGCUGACCCUAGUGUGCUUGUCCCACGGCCACCGGUCAUUACAAUCAUGGGACAUGUUGACCAUGGGAAGACAACACUUUUGGACUCGCUCCGUAAUACCAAUGUAGUCGACCAGGAGUUUGGUGGCAUUACGCAACACAUUGGUGCCUUCACUGUGAAGCUUCCUGGCAAAGACCGCAUCACAUUUUUGGACACCCCUGGGCACGCAGCUUUUUCGGCAAUGCGUGAGAGGGGCGCCAUGGCUACAGAUAUCGUCAUCUUGGUUGUCGCUGCAGACGAUGGAGUGAUGGAACAAACUGUUGAAUCCAUUCGAUAUGCACGUGAAGCCAAUGUGCCAAUAAUUGUUGCAAUAAACAAGAUGGACAAGCCUACUGCUGAUAUUGAACAUGUCAAAAGGGGUCUUAUUGUUCAUGGAAUACAGAUGGACGAUGAAGGCGGGGACACACAAUAUGUCUGCAUCUCAGCACUGAAGGGUACAAAUUUGGACAAGUUGACAGAAACUAUUCUGACCCAAGCUGAGCUGAUGGAAAUCAAAGCGGACCCAAAGGGCCCUGUGGAAGGUGUCAUCAUCGAGUCAAUGAGCGACCAACACAGAGGGAAGCUGUCCACCGCUUUAGUGCAGCGUGGCACACUGAGGAAAGGAGCGUACCUAGUUGCUGGGCUGGCAUGGGCAAAGGUUCGUGGCAUGUUUGACGAGUGGGGGAAGCCGGUACAAACUGCGCUGCCUGGAACACCAGUCCAAGUUAUCGGCUGGAGGUCGCUUCCGUCGGCUGGUGAUGUCAUCAUUGAAGUUGAAUCGGAGAAGCGUGCACAGCAGGUUGUCCAUUGGCGAGAGUCCCAGAUGCAAGCAGAGAAGGACGUUGAAGUGUACAGAGCAAUCCAGGAGAAGGUGCAGCGGCACUUGGUGCAGUACAAGGCCGAACUUGAGCAGCGGCGUGCCAUGGGUCUUCGGAAAAAGCGAAAGCGCCUCACCAACCGCGAGAAGGAGUACACUGUUGAUGACACUCCUUGCCUGCCCAUUGUUGUCAAAGCUGAUGUUGAUGGUUCUGUGGAAGCUGUACUGGAUCUCUUGGAUACUUAUCACUCGCAUCAGAAAUGUCGUCUGGACAUCAUUCACUAUGGAGUAGGACCAGUCUCGGAAUCUGAUGUGGAGUUGGCACAACCAUUCAAUGGCAUUGUCUACGCCUUUCACGUUCCUGUCUUGGGUGCAGCGGGGUCAGCAGCAGAGGAGGGAAACGUUGACAUUCGCAGUUACAAUGUCAUCUACCAUCUCAUUGACGACAUCAAGAAGGAACUUGGCAAGCGGCUGCCUCUCCUUGAUGAGGAGGAGGUUCACGGGGAAGCACUUGUGCAGCAAGAAUUUCUGAUCAACGAAGGACGGAAGAAGAUCCCCGUAGCAGGGUGCAAAUGUACAAAAGGAACAUUGCGCAAGAAUGCACUCUACAAAUUGGUGCGAGAUUCUGAAACAAUUCAUAGUGGGCCGUUAAUAUCCAUGAGGCAUCUCAAGAAUGAAGUGGAAUCUAUAAAGAAGGAUGUUGAAUGUGGACUCAUGUUUCAGGAUCCCAAUGUUCGGUUUAAGCAUGGUGACAUUCUCAUAUGCUACAGCAUCAAGCAGGUGCCUCAAGAGACAGACUGGGACCCUGGUUUCUGAUCAACAGCGCGUCAUGUGCUUUAGGACUACAAAAACACAUAAUUACAAUGACAUGCAAAGUAUUAAGCAGCUUUCUCUUGAAUUAGUGAGAAAUACGGCAGCCUGACAAGGUGUUUGUAAUUCACAAGCCAGGGCAGGAGGCUUGCAGCAGGUGUGCUAAAUUACACACUCAAACCUCACUAUAAUAAAGCAACCAAAAUCUGCAUAUUUCUUCUGCCAAUAUCAGCACAUAUGCUUAUAACAAAUGCGGGAUAUAAAGAAGGUAUGCAACUUUAUCAUAAUGGCAUUUUAGAUAAUUAGUCACAGACAUUAAUUCAAAAGCACAGUAUAGGCAUCUGGAAUGUUUCAAUAUUUAUGCUAAGUUAAAAGGACACUGCAAGAGUAUAAACAAAAAAUGAGUGAUUGUACAGUUGUAUUUUUCUUGGAGAAUUCUGUGGGGCUAAUGUAGCUUUUCUGUACAGUAGCUGAAGAGGCUUGUGUAAGAUACGUUUGUUGGAAGAAAAAUGAAUAAAGUAUAUGUCAUCA